AUGAAAAAAAUUGCCACUGGUCAUAAUAUUGAUAUUAAAUGGAUUUUUCUGGAAUCAGGACAUGGAAAAGGUGUUGCCGAUGCUAUUGGUGCUGCAAUAAAACGCAAAUUUAAUGAGAUUAUUGCGUUCAAUCCUGAUAAUUCGUUUCAAAAAGCAUCAGAUCUCGUCAAUAGUGCAAAAACAAGCACAGAUAUUAAGGUCUAUUUAUAUGAUACAACAAACAUUGAAAAUUUAAAGAAGACUAUUCCAAAGCUGAAAACAGUUAAGGGUACUGCAACAUUCCACGAAAUAUUGGUAACUAAGGAUAGUAAAAUUUAUGUCAAAACAGUGUCAAAUGAAAAAGAAAAGCUUUUAAAACUAAACUUUUAACUUAUUCAAAAUAUUCAACAAAUAUUUACUUCAUUAUUUGAAAGUUGAUUAUGUGAUAUAUUAAGCAGUUUUUAAUUGGUGAUAAGAACAUAGAUGAAUUUUUUAAAAUGUAUUUUAGAUUUCUUUAUAACUCCUUUUAUAAUUGUGACGUGUUUAAAUAAAAUAAAUAUCGAUAGGAAAUCCAUCAGAAAUACUAAAACUUGACGCUCUCAUAGAAAACCAUAAGUUAAGGGUUUUUGACGAUCUAAUCUGAAGAAACGAUAAGGCAUGACAAUAUUCCGCGAGGCUGAAACAAGGAUCAAAAUAUGAUUUUUGGGUCGCCUCUAACUUUUAUCCCUAUUGAAAUACACACGAACCUAUAUUCAACUCUAAUCGAUAGCAAAUAAUACAAGUAGAAGAAAGCGCAAGUUUGUACAGCCCAUAUCUCCCUUAAUAAUCGAUAAAGUGCUGGGAAACUUUACUUACGUACUACAGACAUAGAGUACAAUAAAAUGCACUUCUCAAAAAUUGUUUAGCUUCUCUUUCAUUCUUACGCGUUAAUUGUACCAAAAAGUUGCAAUUCACUCAUAUAUUAUAAUACAAAACGUGCCUCUAUAUAUGAAAAUUAGCAUUAGAUAUUGUCACAUUGAUACUGUUCGUUGCAAUCUCCUGCACUUUAGCUGUAGCCAAUUUUGAAUUUCCUGGAAAGCGAAAUUUAUCAUGCCCUCGAAAAAAACUCGUGAGAGCAAUAUUUCUGCAGAAAUAUUUUUCUUGCGCAUAAACUUUAUUGUCCUGGAUCGAAAUAAAUAGUGCGCGGAGAGUGAGUCAAGACGUAUUUUAUUCAUCUCGAGAAAUAUAUGCUCCUAAUUUCAAAGAUUCAAAAACAGUCGCUUUUUCUGGAAUAUUUUUCUUUCCAUGGUUCACUCGUAUAAAUAAGCUUGAGGGAUUUGUCUUCAGUCAAAUGUUCAUGUUAUUUUAGAACUGUUCAAGAGUUAAAUUUCUAAUGAUGCAAUGAAGGAUUCAUUUUCAUAUGCAUCAUUCUUCGAACGAAGAGAAAAUCUUUCCUUCUUUCCAACUAAAACGACGCAAAUAUGAGUCAACUUCCACCUAUUAAUAAAUGGUAGAAAACCGAUUAGAACAUGAAUCUCGGAGAACUUCAUUUACAAAUACAAAAACAAACUUUAUUUAUUUUUUCAGGUAGGAGUUUUCUCCGAAGAUACUCGUAGAAUUGGCAAAAAAGUAGUUUUUUAUCAAAUAAUCAUUCAAGUUGCUUUCGAUUGUUCGAUCUAUGAAUGCGCUUUUUCUGGUUACUGAGUGUAAAAUUGGAAAAGUUUUAUAAACGAAAGUUAAGCGCAAGAAAAACUUCGUCAAGAUGACAGAGAUAAUUUUUUUGAUAAUGGAGAGUUUUUUAGAGAGGAU